ACCAGAUUCAUUUUUUUCAAAUUCCAACCGCCUCUCUUGCCGGAAACUCGGAUUUUCCCUCUUCCCCUUCAAUUUUCCGGCCAUAACUCCCUCUCCCGACCUCCAAAUCACAAACCACGACCGCCCACACGCUCCUGGCGUCGAGGAGCACAAUCCCCAAAGGUUGGGCUUGUUUGGCCGAGGUUGGGCUUGUGAUACCAUAUAAAUUGUUCAAGAAACUAGGCCUAGGUGAACCCAGUGCAACAAGGAUGAGUGUUCAAUUAGCUGACCGAUCUAUAGUUCAUCCUAGGGGCAUAGUAGAAGACCUUCUGGUUAAGGUUGACAGAUUCUUUUAUCCUGUGGAUUUUGUUAUCUUGGACAUCAAUGAAGACAUAGAAGUGCCCCUUAUACUUGGAAGUCCUUUCCUGGCCACCGCCAAGGAUUUCAUAGAUGUGCAUGAUGGGACCUUAGUCUUGAGGGAUGGUGAGGAGCAAAUAACAUUUUCCAUUGCUAAUACUCUCCCUGCUUCAUCGCCGUUGCAUGCUGUUUCUCACCAGGAGCACGAGUUUUUCGUGUAUCCUUUUGUGCUUCCCAUUUUGCAGGAUCCCUCUCACAUAUCUUCGCCGCCACUCCCGUCCACUCCGUUACCAAAAGACAAGAUCAAGGAGGAGUGGCGACCAAAACUGCAGGUAGCCCAGCCUGCUCAAAAGAAAGCCGGAGACCACUAUGAGCUAGUCCCGCCUCCUGAGCCUCGACCACCUUGGCCAUCCGAGUAUUCACUCGCUUGCAUCCUGCCGGAUGGCCAAGUCGAGUUGACGAGUGCUGGUGGGCACACCCGCCGUGUGCAUGGCCACCACCUGAAGCUGUACCUCAAGAGCGAUGUGGAUCCGCUCUUGAAGGCACCUGCUCCUACACCUCUCUGAGCAUUCACCUACUGGCGUCCAGCUAAAAGACGGUAAAGAAGCGCUGGUGGGGAGGCAACCCCACCAAGGUUUGUUUUUUCUUCAUUUUUUUCCGGUUUGUCCACUUGGAACUAUGGUUUCUAUCACCCAGUAUGUUUUGAUGACUCUAGACCUGCUGACUGGUCCACUUCCAGUCUCCCACAGUCCAUAUUCCUGGUAACAUCGUUCCCCCUUAUAUUUCCCUUGCUCCAUUGAGUGCAAUGUCGUGCUUAAGUGUGUGUUUGUGUGUGUGGGGGGGGGGGGUAUUUCUCUAUCUAUGACUGCUAGAUGAGUUUGUGUGCUUGGAGCCUAGUCCACUGUCCAAUUUGAUGAAUUGAGAGCUCCAAGUACUGUUCCUUGCAAAAUCCUGCUCAGUAUGCUUUGAAUUGACAGUCUUUAUGGUGAUAUGCAACCUAGGGAGGUAGUUGUAGUACUAUGGAGGAUGUUGAAGUAUAAGAUUUUUCCUAUCUGUCUCUCUGCUGUGCCGGUUGAUUUUGUGAACUAAUGGAUUUAGGACCGUUGAUUCAUGUGGUACUGAUGACUCUUCUUAUGUUGUGUUGUGGACUCGUGUAUCGAAAAAGGGUGCUCAAGUGUGAAAUGAAAAAAAAAGCAGUUG